AUGGCUCCAUCAUUGGAAGUCCCCGUGGCAUCUACGCCUGCACCCUUGGGAAACAUCGUCGUCCCUAAGAAGGAGAUUACAACUGACAACAAGUUUGGAUACGUCCCUGGUCGAACUACCGUGGAAGACCAUACCAACUACGCUCACGAUGACCUGCUACCUUCCUUUCCUGACAUCCACUGGGCCCCUUUGGAGUACACACCUUACGAGGACCGAGGCUUGAGGGGGGAUCCCAAGUUCCGUAACCUAUUGAAAGACGCUACCGCUGUAUUCGAUUACAACCCCAAGAUUGGCACUGAGAUUCACGGCGUGGAUCUGGCGAAUCUCACCGAGGCUCAGAAGGAUGACCUAGCCCGGUUGAUCGCCUACCGAGGAGUUGUCUUUUUCCGUGCUCAGAAGAACCUUGAUAUUGAUGCCCAGCGGGAUCUGGGAAGACACUUUGGGAAGCUCCACAAGCAUGCUACUACUGCUGUCCCAAAGAAGAAGGGUCUCGAGGACGUUCACGUCGUGUACUCCGGUGACAACGCAGGAGAUAACCGGGCACUCUUCAGCCCAAGCUUUUUAUGGCACUCAGACGUCACUUAUGAAGUACAACCACCAUCAUACACCUCACUGAAACUUCUCACGGGCCCACCCCCUCGGCGGAGGCGGCGACACUCUCUGAGCCUAACAGCCCUCCACUCCGCCGACAUGCAAGCAAACGACUCUCGAGCCAUCGGUCGACCCGUCCGCCGCGAACCAGUAACAACCGUACACCCCCUCAUCCGCACAAACCCCGUCACCGGCUGGAACGCGCUCUUCUUUAACCCGGGCUUCGUCACCAAGAUCAUCGGUAUCCCCAAGGCUGAGAGUGAUGCUAUCAUCAAGUACCUCACGGACGUUGUCGCCACCACCCAGGAGAUGCAUGCCCGUUUCCAGUGGGGUAAGGAUGACGUUGCGUUUUGGGAUAACAGGACGACGACUCAUUCCGCGUCGUAUGGCUUCACUCCACACCGACGCCAUGCCGUUCGUGUCGCUAUCCAAGCUGAGCGACCUGUCCUGUUGGAAUCAGGUAAAUCCCAAGAAGAAGACUUGGCUGCCUUGUAUGGACUGCCGGCGGUUAACAAGGAUGGAUCUCGACAGUCAAAUUAUAAUGACUGA